AUGCUGGCAUUUGCACGACAGAGACCAAGAUGUUUAUGCAUCACGUCACGUAGUGGAUCGGUUUCUUCGGUGACACUACGCCAGCCCACAACAUCUGGUGUCAAUAUUACGGUUGUUUUGAGAUACUGUGGUUUUCCGGUUCGUACUUGCUCUCUGAAAGUGGCGGGCCCUGCAACCGGACAGGUGGCAUCAGCAUCUCUGUGUAGUCCUGAUGGCCAUAUGAUUGGAGGUGCAAUAGGUGGUAGUCUUAUUGUAGCGCAGAAUAUUGCCGCAAAAAUGCUGGCAUUUGCACGACAGAGACCAAGAUGUUUAUGCAUCAUGUCACGUAGUGGAUCGGUUUCUUCGGUGACACUACGCCAGCCCACAACAUCUGGUGUCAAUAUUACGUUUGAGGGUUGUUUUGAGAUACUGUGGUUUUCCGGUUCGUACUUGCUCUCUGAAAGUGGCGGGCCUGCAACCGGACAGGUGGCAUCAGCAUCUCUGUGUAGUCCUGAUGGCCAUAUGAUUGGAGGUGCAAUAGGUGGUAGUCUUAUUGUAGCGCAGGAAUUUGGUCUAUUUAGUUUGUUUAUCUGUUUAAAAACGGGUUAG